GAGGGAGGGAGAGAGAGAGAGGGGGGGGGAGCGCUAAGACGGAAAAGCGGAAAAGGAGGGCUGGCAAAAUCGCUCGUCCGGGGCGGGGUGCCUCCCAAGAAUAAAAAAAACGUUUUGGAGUCGCACGCAAAUUGGGGGAAAAGGCGCCCGCCCGCCCCUUCCCCCCACCGCUACCACCACCGACCACCUUCCUCUCCCCCUGUGUACCCAGGUCCGUUCCGUAUACGGAGGAAGGACCCGUUGUGGAUUUUGCGCAAUCGUUCUGGAUUCGAAAAAAACGGAUUUGCCGUGAACGCCGGCGCCAGGAAAACCCCGUUAGGAAAUCUGCCGAGGAGAGAGAGAAACCCCCCCCCCCGCCCCCCUCAGAUGAGAAAACAAAAAAACGGAUUGCUCUCAGGGAAAGGAAACGGAUUCUCUGGAUGCGCCACGCGGAUUGUAACCACCCCCCUCCCUCCGAUUCCAAUUUACACCCAACGGAUUCAGCGCAACAGGAUUUUGUUUUACGUUAAAAAAAAUCAUUUUAUUUUUGAUUUCUUUUCACCCUCGCUGGAGAGUUCAAAAUUUGGAUGCCUCGGAACCACCGUCACCCCCACCCUCGAUGGAGAGGAGGAGGAGGAGGAAUUCACGCGAUCUCGGAGCAGAUUUAUCGGCCCGGUCGGAAGGCACCGCUCGAUAAGCUCGUUAACCGAUGAAUCGGACUCGCCAUGAGCUCCUGGAUCUCCACCCCCCUCGGAGUAACAACGCACCGCUCACCUGGACUUGUUAAAUUUCCACUCGAUCGUCCGUCCGUACGUCCCCCCCCCGUCUGCGAUUAUUUAUUUUUUUCCCCAUUUUUUUUUUAUAUCGUGGAUGAAAUUGGCGGUCAGAAGGAAGGAGGAGACCCCCCCCCCCCCCAGACAAAGCAAAAAAAAAACCUCGUGAAAACAAAACACGGAACGGAUUUGGAAUCUCGCUUGGAUUGUCGAGGAGUGACCACCCCCACCCCAUCACACACCCCCUUCGCUGGGAAUCCAAAACCUGGAUGAAAUUGGCGGCCACCAGGCAAUUUUGGCGAAUCCAAAAAAUCAAAACGCGGAACGGAUUUGGAAUCUCGCUUGGAUUCCGGAGGAGCCGACCCUCCCCUCUUUGCUGGGAUCCAAAGCCCUGGACCGGAUGUGCGUUAGGAUUUGGCGGAAGUUUCGCUUGGAAUUCGGACGGGCAGGAUCAACGGCAUCUCGUCGGCCGCGUAACGCCGUGCGUGAAGCUGCCGCACCGCACGGAGCUGUGGGUCUCCUCAUGCGUGGUCGUUCCCCCUCCCCCCCCCCCCUCGCACUGCCCACACGGCCCAUGACUUCGCCUCACACUUAACCCCACACGGCCCAUGACUUCACCUCACACGACCCACGACUUCACCUCACACGACCCACGACUUCGCCUCAAACUUCACCUCACACUUCACCUCACACGACCCACGACUUCACCUCACACGACCCACAAUUUCACCUCACACUUCACCCCACACGACCCACGACUGCACCUCACACUUCACCUCACACGACCCACGACUUCACCUCACACGACCCACGACUUCACCUCACACGACCCACGACUUCACCUCACACUUCACCUCACACGGUCCACGACUUCACCUCACACGGUCCACGACUUCACCUCACACGACCCACGACUUCACCUCACACGACCCACGACUUAGCCUCACACUUCACCUCACACGGCCCAUGACUUCACCUCACACUUCACCUCACACGACCCACGACUUCACCUCACACGACUUAGCCUCACACUUCACCUCACACGGUCCACGACUUCACCUCACACGACCCACAACUUCACCUCACACGACCCACGACUUCGCCUCACACGACCCACGACUUAGCCUCACACUUCACCUCACACGGCCCAUGACUUCACCUCACACGACCCACGACUUCACCUCACACGACUUCACCUCACACUUCACCUCACACGACCCACGACUUCACCUCACACUUCACCUCGCACGGUCCACGACUUCACCUCACACUUCACCUCGCACGGUCCACGACUUCACCUCACACGACCCACGACUUCGCCUCAAACUUCACCUCACACUUCCCCUCACACUUCACCUUACACGAUUCACAACUUCACCUCACACGACGUUCGACUUCACCUCACACUUCACCUUACACGACUUCACCUCACACGACCCACGACUUCACCUCACACUUCACCUCACGCUGUCCACGACUUCGCCUCACUACUUUUUUACCUCGCACGACCUGCGGGACUUCACCCACCGCACGAUGGCGGCGGCGGCUGCUGCUGCUGUUGCAACAGCGCCGUUAAGUCCGCGUGUCAUCGCUGUGCCCCGACAAGGUGAGACGUCCACCUCGGACAUUCGCAUCCCGCGCAAGAUUGGGCUCCGGGUAAGGUGGGAGUGCCGGGAGCCACUCUCUGCUCGAUUUGACAAGGGCGAGGGUGGAACACCGCCGGCCUGGGCUUGGGUCGGCUUCGUCAACGGAAGAGUUUGGGGGGGGAGUGGCGCUGCUGAAAACUCAGGAGGAGGAGGAGGCAGUAGACCAGGUGGGGUGAGUACACGGUCAUUUAUUCACGGUCAAUUGGGGGAGGUGUGGGGGGGGGGUGUAGAAGAGCUUCAUAGCUCAUCGGAUUUCUCCAGUAAAAAAAAUAUUCCGGGACGAUUUCUGAACCCUCCGGCCUCGUGCGUAUCAAGGGUGAAGUGUAUCAAGGCUGAAGUGCAGUCCGUUCAGUAGCGCGGCGUUUUUUACAACGCGAAUUUGAUGAGCAAAA